UACUUACAAAGGGAUGAGAAGACGGCCGAGAAGAGAACGCACCCCACCCCCCACCAUUUCCGUCUCUCUCGGUCUCCCAUGGCGGAAGAUCUGGUCCUGGACACGGCCAUCAGGGACUGGGUCCUCGUCCCUCUCUCUGUGGUCAUGGUCCUCAUCGGCGUCCUUCGCUACUUCGUCGCCAAGCUCAUGCGCUCCUUCCAGCCCCCCGAUCGCAAAGCCCUCAAGGAAGGGCAGGUGGUUCUCAGAGCUAGGAACUUAAAGGCAGGGGCCAAUUUCAUCCCGGCGAAGUCCUUUCGGGUGCGAAGAUUCUAUUUUACUAACGAGGAGAACGGCCUACUGCAUGUUCCCAAAGAUCAGGCCCAGAAUGCCCAGGCACAAAUGUUUUCAGAUCCCAAUAUGGCUAUGGAUAUGAUGAAGAAAAAUCUUUCAAUGAUCAUUCCACAGACACUUACUUUUGCAUGGGUGAACUUUUUCUUCUCAGGAUUCGUAGCAGCAAAAAUACCGUUCCCAUUGACCCAAAGGUUUAGGUCAAUGCUGCAGAAUGGUAUUGACCUCAGCACUGUUGAUGUGAGCUAUGUCAGUAGUCGUUCCUGGUAUUUCCUUAAUUUGUUUGGCUUGAGGGGUUUAUUCAGCCUUAUUCUUGGGGAGGAGAAUGCCCAGGAUGACACACAAAGGAUGAUGCAAAUGGGUGGGUUUGGCUUUGACCCAACAAAGAGCUUGAGUGCAGAGAAAGACAGCCUGGACAUUGUUCAGCAUGAGUGGGUCCUUCCAAAGAUGGAGCAACGUGCUGAAGAAGUAUUGAGAAAAUUAGUGAAGUAGAAACUUUGCCCAUUUAAUUGAGUGAGAUCACUGGUCAACAAAGUUGAAGUUUAUCAUUACGUACUGGAUUGUAGACGCUCGAAUAUUGGUGUAUUUCUAGUUAAUGUGUUUUAUUCUGCCAUUAUGGAAAUCCCAGAGACCUAAUCCACAAAGGCACAGCAGACUAAUAUUUCCUGAAAGAAAUGCAGGCUGGUUUUAUGAAUUUUGUUUUCA